GAAAAAUAAGUUGCUGCUUUAAGAAAGAGAGGAGAGAUAGGACAGGGAGAGCGUUUUGGAUCUGUGACCUGCCUGGUGUGUGUGUGAGUGUGUGUGUGUGUGUGCAUAUAUAUGUGUGUGUUUUUCUUUUUUUUUCUCCCUCCCCACCUCUCCCUUACACGGGCUCCUAAUUUGGGAUUUGUUUAAAAGCGGGACUGCGCCGUAGGAAGACUUUUCCUUGCUAGGGAAAGGGAACCCUGCUCCCUCUCUCUCUCUCUUUCUCUCUCGCGCAUUUAUUACACACACGCACAAACACACUUGACGCCCAAAAUGUCUGAUUCCACUGUCAACGCUCACUUGGAAGGGAUCAUAUCAGACUUUGAAGCGCUGAAACGCUCGUUUGAGGUGGAGGAAGCAGAUACAUCCACACACCCAUCGCCCCUGACUCGCCGGACCACCAACCCCCUCCGCUCAUCCACCUCCUCCACGUCCAGCCAGCGGAGCUACGACUUGAGCUCCCGCAACUCUGACUACUCCUCCACCAGAUCUUCACCCUCUGAGUCCUCCAGUCUACGCUCCCCGAAGACCGGCAUGAGGCGCAUUGAGUUGUCAGGGAGUCGUAAUGCUGAUACAGCCUCUUCCCGCCGUGCCGAGAUGUCCAUCGAGGUCUCCUCCAAGCAGAUAGAUAGCUCGCCCAGUGCCGGCAUCACCCGCUUUGGGCUCAAACGGCCAGAGGUCAGCCUGAGCAACAGGAGCACCUCCCUGGAGAGCUCCUCCAAUUCCUUCUCAAGCACCAGUAGCCGGCGGGGGGAGCUGAACAUGACGAGGACCCACGAGCCACCCGCCCCUCCCCGGAGGAUCGACUCCCAGAUGGCCUCAACCCCGGUGUCUAGGAUCCCCGAGCCUCCCCAGAGAAGGGCGGAACCCCCGUCGCCCAACCUUAGCCCAGUUGAUGUGGCCUUCAAGAGGCCAGAGGUUCCCGUGGAGAACAACGGCCACCAACCACCUGCACCCGUCGCCCCCCUGCCUUCACCUGCAGAGCACCGGGUGGAGAGGGUGCAGUCGCCUGUCACAGAGGCGUCCGCAAGCCGACCAGCAGACGGACCUGAAGUGUUUUCCAGCUACAGCAGCAGUACCAUGUCUGAGGCGGUGGUGCCUGAUGCUAUGGUGUCCCCAGCAGUGGGUGGACCGUAUGGAGAGAAGGCUGGCGGCCCCAUGUUGGACUUCAGCUAUGUGGGUAUUGAUGCCAUUCUGGAGCAGAUGAGGAGGAAAGCCAUGAAGCAGGGUUUUGAGCUCAACAUUAUGGUUGUGGGACAAAGCGGCCUGGGAAAGUCUACUCUGAUGAACACGCUGUUCAAGUCUAAAGUCAGCCGUAAGUCUGUGCUGGCUACAGCCCAGGAGAAGAUUCCCAAAACAGUGGAAAUCAAAUCCAUCAGUCACGACAUCGAGGAGAAGGGCGUAAGAAUGAAGCUGACAGUCAUUGACACACCAGGCUUUGGAGACCAGAUCAACAAUGAGAACUGCUGGCAGCCCAUCAUGAAGUUCAUUAAUGAUCAGUACGAGGCGUACCUGCAGGAGGAAAUCAAUAUCAACAGGAAGAAAAGGAUCCCAGACUCCAGAGUCCACUGCUGCAUAUACUUCAUCCCCCCGACUGGACACUGUCUUCGGCCUCUUGAUGUCGAAUUCAUGAGACGUCUGAGUAAAGUGGUCAACAUCGUCCCAGUCAUCGCCAAGGCAGAUACACUCACGCUGGAGGAGAGAGACUUCUUCAAAAAGAAGAUCAGGGAAGAGCUGCGAGCCAAUGGGAUUGACGUGUACCCACAGAAGGAAUUUGACGAGGAUGCAGAGGACCGAAUGAUCAAUGAAAAGAUCAGGGAGAUGAUCCCAUUUGCUGUGGUGGGAAGUGAUCAGGAGUACCAGGUCAAUGGCAGGAGGCUGCUGGGGAGGAAGACCAAGUGGGGAACCAUUGAAGUUGAGAACAUAGCCCACUGUGAGUUUGCCUAUUUACGGGAUCUCCUCAUCAGGACCCACAUGCAGAACAUUAAGGAUAUCACCAGCAGCAUCCACUAUGAAAUGUAUCGCGUGCGGCGCCUUAAUGAGAAUAACACAAUGGUGGCUCACGCCAACGGUAUCCCAGAACAUCAUCUCACCGCCCACGAGAUGUAGACGCCGCCUGACGCCGUCACAGCGUAACUCGUUUGUUCUGAGACUCUGAUGUUCAGCAACAGUCUUCCUUCACUCCAACCCCC